AUAUUUAGGGGACGUGGGCAUUCUAUCACCUCAUCCUUUAAUCAUCGUCAACAACACCUCUCUUAAAACUUCAAUCCUCUCUGCACUUUCUCUCUCUAGAAAAAACAGAGACCUCUGAGUUUUCAGUUUCAUCAUCUCCGAUGGCCACCUGGGUCUUAUCAGAAUGUGGUUUAAGACCACUCCCUAGACUCUAUCCUAAUCCCACAACAAGAACCUCCACUUCCAGUUUCCCUAGUUCAAUCACAAUUCCCGCAAACAAGAUAUUCCGGCCAAAUUCUUUGGUUACCAGAGGGCGGAGCUGGGCGGUCAAGGUGAGUGCACCGGUGGGUAUCCAGUUUGUAGAUGAAGAUGAAAAAAGAGUGGAUGAGCCUAAAGUAGGAGAAAGUGAGUUCAACCCUGGUGCACCACCACCCUUUUCAUUGGCUGAUAUCAGAGCUGCCAUUCCAAAACAUUGCUGGGUGAAGGACCCAUGGAAGUCAAUGAGUUAUGUGCUGCGGGAUGUGGUGGUGGUUUUCGGGUUGGCGGCGGUGGCAGCCUAUUUUAACAAUAUGGUGGUUUGGCCUCUCUAUUGGUUAGCUCAAGGAACAAUGUUCUGGGCUCUGUUUGUUCUUGGCCAUGAUUGUGGACAUGGAAGCUUUUCUAAUAAUGCAAAACUGAAUAGUGUAGUUGGGCAUCUUCUUCAUUCUUCCAUACUUGUACCUUACCAUGGAUGGAGAAUUAGCCAUAGAACACAUCAUCAGAACCAUGGACAUGUUGAGAAUGAUGAAUCUUGGCAUCCAUUAUCCGAGAAAAUCUAUAGAAGUUUAGACACGGCUACUCGAAUGCUGAGGUUCACUCUACCGUUCCCUAUGCUUGCAUACCCUUUCUAUCUGUGGGGCCGAAGUCCAGGAAAGAAAGGCUCUCACUUUCACCCAGGCAGCGAUUUGUUUCUGCCUAAUGAAAAGAAAGAUGUGAUCACUUCAACAGUUUGUUGGACAGCCAUGGCUGCUCUGCUUGUGGGUUUAUCCUUUGUAAUGGGUCCUCUUCAAGUGUUUAAACUCUAUGGCAUCCCCUAUUGGGGUUUCGUCAUGUGGUUGGAUUUAGUAACUUACUUGCAUCAUCAUGGCCAUGAAGACAAACUCCCAUGGUAUCGUGGCAAGGAAUGGAGUUAUCUAAGAGGAGGACUAACGACACUUGAUCGUGACUAUGGAUGGAUCAACAACAUCCACCAUGACAUAGGAACCCAUGUUAUACAUCAUCUUUUCCCUCAAAUCCCACACUAUAAUUUAAUAGAAGCAACUGAAGCCGCUAAGCCGGUGCUAGGGAAAUAUUACAGGGAACCAAAGAAAUCCUGGCCCCUUCCAUUGCACUUACUUGGACUUCUCGCAAAUAGUAUGAAAAAGGAUCAUUAUGUGAGUGAUGAAGGGGACGUUGUAUACUACCAAACGGACUCCAAGCUCACUGGUGAUUCAAAAUAGUGAAGCCACCAAGAUUCGACAAGAGGAGGGAAGGCUAGAAAUCCUAUAUAAUCUUUUCUUGACUAGAAAUUAGUUCAACAGUUUGUAUAAUAACAUUCUUGGUUGGAAACCCUGUUCUUUUCUCCACAAAAUGGGAGAGGGCAAUUUAUUAUGUUAAUAUUUUGGAUUAUCUUGUAAUACAGGCAGCCAAAAAGUCUUUUUUUAGAGGCAAAGAUAUAAGUAUUGUUAUUGUUGUC